CACCGGUGGCUUCGCGGAGCUGCCGACCCCUGUUCUUUAGGCUGGGAAACCCCGCGCCUUCUUCCUUUUCGGCGCCAUGGCGGACGGCUUUAACAAGGUCCUGCUUAUCGAUGGCAGAGGCCAUCUCCUUGGCCGUCUGGCUGCCAUUGUGGCCAAACAGACUUUGCUAGGUCAUAAAGUGGUGGUGGUGAGGUGUGAGGGCAUAAACAUCUCUGGCAACUUUUACAGGAAUAAACUCAAGUAUCUUGCUUUUUUACGCAAGAGGAUGAAUACUAACCCAUCUCGGGGUCCAUAUCACUUCAGAGCACCAAGCCGAAUAUUCUGGAGGACCGUAAGAGGUAUGUUGCCACACAAGACAAAACGAGGUCAAGCUGCCUUGGACAGACUGAAGGUCUUCGAUGGGAUCCCUCCUCCAUAUGACAAGAGGAAACGCAUGGUUGUACCAGCAGCCUUGAAGAUCGUACGUUUGAAACCAACACGAAAGUUUGCUGUUCUUGGUCGCCUUGCUCAUGAAGUUGGCUGGAAGUACCAAGCAGUAACAGCUACCCUUGAAGAGAAGCGUAAAGAAAAAGCCAAGCUUCACUAUGAGAAAAAGAAGAAAAUGUUGAAACUGAAGAAAAUAGCUGAGAAGAAUGUUGAAAGCAAAAUAGCCAAGUACACAGCAGUACUGAAGCAAUAUGGUGUCCUUGUUUAAUAUAUUCACUCAGCAUUGACAAUAAAAGUUGCCUAAAAUAAAA